UUCAGUGUCUACAGGAUAUUGUAGAAACAUGUUUUCUCGAGUGAGAAGAUGUUUUCGGAGAUCAGAGGUGGAUAUGACAGAGAUGAGGGAAAAGAGGAAGGAGACUGGAGGUCGAAGUAAUGAAGGACGAAGGAGGUGGUCUUGGCGAAUGUGGAAUGUUCGCAGACGGACAUCAUCCCCUGCAAGUGUCAUAAUCAAGAGGCUGGUCAAGGAGGAAGAGGAGAGGCUGACAGAAGGGCUGCAGCUCAUUACCCAGAAGAGAAAUGAAGGGAAUGAUCGGCUGAUCCUUCUCACAGAGGAGGAAUCCAUUAUAAAGAGACCCUUUCGCAGGCUACACCCAGAGUAUGAAGUACUGAAGUACAAAGAGAAGAAGGUUAUGUCUUUUCUGCACAAUGUAGAGAUGGACACCAUCAAGGCCCAUAGAGACCUCCAGGAGCUCAAGAAAGAGACUCACUUCUAUAGCAACUUGCAGAAGCGGAUAGUGACUGAGAGGAAUCUUGUACAGGAGCAUUUGAACACACUGAACCAGGAGAUGAUGGCAGUAUACAUUGACCUUACUGUAAUCCAAAAAUAUAUGGUUGACUUCAACCCAAAUGAUAAAGACGAACAAGAGAAGACCAGCAACCUCCAGACCGAACACCAUCAGGUAGGGACAAGCAUCUGAGUUUGGCUAAUACUAUCUGAUGACAUUUGCACAUUGGAUCCAUGUUUGCUUUAGCCUAGCACCUUUCUAAUCCAUACUCCCAACCAGCCACCCACCUCAUGCAAUGUAGUUGUUCAUUGUUCUGUCUAUGCACAAGUAUUCUGGGAUGUUAGUCUUUUGUGAGACACUGAAUUAUGGGCAAGUGUACCUUGUUGCUCUGCUUGAAGCUGCAGUCCAAUAAGGGUAACAGAUGAAUAACCUGUCACAUUUCUGCAUUUUUCAUGAUAGGAGGGUUGCUGUACAGAGGUUUGAGUGAGUUCUGGGUCCUGAGACAGAGUCAUGCAGAGGUUCAUGUGACAUGAUAGGUCCAAGCACCUUGAAGGGAUUAUAGCCAAGUACAAAUGUCAAAUGAGUGGUUCUCGUUGUCCUUGACCUGGGUAGCAUGUGGCCUUUUCCUUUCUUUCUGUAACCCAAUGAGGUCUUUUCCACUGCCCUGUUCUUGGUUUGCACUGAUAGAAGUCUGAGUGGCAGCUUCUUAGCCCAUGGUUUUGUGAAUGUUGCUGGAUAUUUUGCCCUGCCUGCAAAUUUAGCAGCAAUGGUUUCAGUUAAAAGAUCAAUGUUGACUGUCUUGUUUCGGUGGUGGGAGGCAGCAGCCUGAGAGCUGACAUGCAGGUCCCCACCAAGCCUAUGUCUUAAUAACUGCCUUCCUCUCCCAGGUCUCAGAAACUGCAAGAGGGCUCAAAUUGGUCACAUCCCAGAAAGAGCACCCCCUGCAGGAUGAGUUGCUACCUCAGGAGCCCCCUGCUAAGCUCCAUCCUCAAGAGCCAGAGAAUCCCUUGGAUAAAUCUUCUUCCACAUAGUUCCUUCAUCAGUGUGAAUAAGCCCUAAGUCUCAGCCAGUGAGCCAGCCUGGCUGAUUUUGGCUCUUACUCCCUUUCCUGUUCUUUCAAGACCAGUUGAGAGAGAACUGAGGUGACUGUUGCCACCAACUGUCCAAGAGGAGAAACAGCUGUAGUCUGUGCUGCUAAGUGUGCAGUGAGAGAAAGCUGCUCAACAAUGUUUUCUUUAGGGUUUGUUUCAAGUUUUGUUUUCCAUUGUUUGCAUUUUUAUUAUGUUAUAGAGAAGUUAUAUGUUCUUGUUAUCAUUUUUCAUUUUCGGUUUUUGCUUUUAAUUCUUUAUAUUAACUGUUCUUUUUUAAAGCAUGUUUUUAAAUUUUCAUUUGUUUAUGAAUAAAAAUUGAUUUGC